GAUAAAUAACAGAAAAUGCAUCUGCAAACUGACUACCAGAAAAAAUUACCAUCAACAUAAUUUAACAAGGAUGGUAUUUUCAUCGCCAAAUUAAUUCAACGACACUGAAUCAAACCUUGUUCACUGCAACAAUUCGGAAACAUCAGAUAGGCCACAGGGGGCAGACUGACAGCGUGAGCACCCGCCUACAAAUCUUUCGCUGUCCGAACGGGGGGCGGCACUCUACCUUGGAUAAUACGGGGGCGUUUUGACUGUCGGUUGCGGCUGAGAGGAGGCAAGCUGCGGUGAAUGUGAUUGAGAUUCAUAAUUGACCCCUCUUGGGGCCUUUCACAGUACGAAGGAGGAGCGGCAAUAGAACAACGACAGGACGAUGCCACCGUUAUGUCUGGGAAGAAGCUAGAGUGAUGACUCAUGGUCCACUGGGGGGUGGCCAGACCCAGCGCGACCUUUGACCUCUGCUCCCCCUGACGCCCCAUGCUGGCGCACACACCACACGCCAAGGAGACCUAGCCUGCUUGCCACCUGGGGCCCCGUACCACCACGCCUCUGCACAUCUCCGCGUGUGUGUGUGUGUGUGUGCCUCCGUGUGUGUUUUCUUAAACACAUUCCAAAGCCAUGGGCACCCUGGGGGAGGGUGUCGGAGGAGGAGGAGGAGGAGGGGUGGACCCGGUCGCCGUGGGCCAGGCGGUCCUGGAGGCCCUGUGCCCCGAGUGCGGUCAGAUCCACCGGGCCUGGGAGAACCACCUGUACAACUACCGGCUAGAGGUGGACGAGGACCUGGUGUGCCACAUCUGCCUCCAGCCGCUGGUGCAGCCGCUGGACACGCCGUGCGGGCACACCUUCUGCGCCCGCUGCCUGCGCAGCUUCCUGCAGGAGCGCGACUUCUGCCCGCUGGACAGGGCGCGGCUGCAGCUGACGGGCUGCCGGCGCUCCAGUAUCCUGGUGCACAAGCUGCUGGACAAGCUGUCGGUGUCGUGCCCGCUCUCGCCCCUCUGCCAGCUCAGCAUGCCCCGCUGCGACCUGGAGGCCCACCUCAAGCACAGGUGUCCAGGCACCCAGAGCCAGCGUGCGGUGCUGGACCUGCCCAGGCUGGAGUGUGUGGAGGAGAGGGCCAUGGUGACGGACCCUCCGCGCUCGCCCCAGACCACCCUGAGGGACGUCUCGCCGUCGCCCCCCACUGGCCCCACCACCACCUGCAGCAGCGUGCCCAUGUGGACGGAGGAGUCGGGCGUAGACAACCCUGCCUUUGAGGAGAGCACCGAGGAAGACAGUGUGGUGGGUCUAGAAUGUGCUCCUCCUACACGUGUCAAACGCCCUCUCAGUAACCCCUGCAUCCACCUGCUGCGCACGGGAAGCUCCGCCUCUUCUGGGUGGGACUGCUGUGUGAAGCUGCCGUCGCUGCCUGAGGGGGAGAUCACCACCAUUGAGAUCCACCGCUCCAACCCCUACAUGGAGCUGGGCGUCAGCAUCGUGGGGGGCAACGAGACGCCCCUCAUCAACGUGGUCAUCCAAGAGGUGUAUCGUGACGGGGUGAUCGCUCGGGAUGGGAGACUGUUGGCUGGUGACCAAAUAUUACAGGUGAAUAACGUAGACAUCAGUAACGUGGCGCAUAACGUGGCGCGCACCACCCUGGGCCGCCCGUGCACCACCCUCCAGCUGACGGUGCUCCGAGAGCGCCGCUGUGCCGCCCGGCCUCCCCCCGCCACGCCCGCGGCCCCCGCCUCCACCUCCGCCUCCGCCACCGCCACCGCCACCCCCACGCCGCCCCCUGGUGGCACCAGCAGCAGCAGCGGGAGCGGCAGCGCCGUGGGCAUCGGCGGUGCAGGGACCGGAGGGGGCGGCAACAGUCCGGCCAGCCUGCGGAUCACCCUCCACAAGCGGGACUCGGCCGAGCAGCUGGGCAUCAAGCUGGUGCGGCGCACGGACGAGGCGGGCGUCUUCGUGCUGGACCUGCUGGACGGCGGACUGGCCGCCAAGGACGGCCGGCUGUGCCGGGACGACCGCGUGCUAGCCAUCAACGAGCACGACCUCCGGCACGGCACGCCGGAGCAGGCCGCGCAGAUCAUACAGGCCAGUGGGGAGCGAGUCCAUCUUCUGAUUGGUCGUCCUAACAAGCAGACUACGCCCCUGCUGCCCGGCACCAAUGACGUGCGAGAUAGCUGGUGCCAUGACAACACCCCUCCCCUCCCCCACACAGCGGCCCCUAGCCCUGUGCCCAGCCUGCAAAUGGUCCGGUCCAGCGCUCACAGAGAUCUCUCCCAGUGUGUGACCUGUAAGGAGAAACACAUCACGGUGAAGAAGGAACCUCACGAGUCCCUGGGCAUGACGGUGGCGGGCGGCCGCGGCAGCAAGAGCGGCGAGCUGCCAAUCUUCGUGACGAGCGUCCAGCCCCACGGUUGCCUGGCACGGGACGGCCGCAUCAAGCGAGGUGACGUUCUCCUGAGCAUUAACGGUCAGGACCUGACGUACUUGAGCCACAGUGAGGCGGUGGGCACGCUGAAGGCCAGCGCCGCGUCCUGCUCCGUCCAGCUGAGGGCGCUAGAGGUGGACAUGACGGAGGAGCCGUGUGGCGACGAGGACUUCCUGGCCCCGCACGACAACAACGAGUACGAUGCCAGCUGGUCGCCCUCCUGGGUCAUGUGGCUAGGGCUGCCCAGCUACCUGUACACUAGCCAUGAGAUUGUCCUGCGGCGCAACCAUCCAGGAAGCUGGGGCUUCAGCAUCGUCGGGGGCUACGAGGAAAACCAUAACAACCAAGCGUUCUUCAUCAAGACUAUUGUCCUAGGAACACCAGCAUACUACGAUGGCCGCCUCAAGUGCGGAGACAUGAUUAUAGCCGUGAACGGCCUCUCGACAGCGGGCAUGAGUCACUCUGCACUGGUGCCCAUGCUGAAAGAACAGCGGAGUCGAGUGGCACUGACCGUGGUGUCCUGGCCGGGCAGCCUUGCAUAGCGCCCUCUCCUGACCAAGCAUCAGACUACGCCCAGACGUUUGUGUUUUUGAGAAACAUCAGAAGACGACGAAAACGCUCCUCAGUGUUUUUUUUUUCUACUCUCCACUGUGUUGAAAACUAAACGCGAGUCUUGGAGCUUGAUUUUUGCACCACUCAAUGCUGAAGAAAAGACAAAUAAAUAAAUAAAACGAACAAACAUACCAGGCCUUAGUAAACCUGCCACGCCCGCGAGGCUCGACCCCCAGGAGCGCAGCCUUAAGGUCUCUCCAUCACCGUGAUCAGCGGUCCCAUGUAGAGCUGGGGGGUUUUAUAUUUGUAUGUGUGUAAGUAUGUGUGUGUGUGCGUGUUAAGCUAUUUGUUAAAUAAAUCGUUCCCAUAGUGGA